AUGGAUUCUCAGCCAGCAGUCACACUUGCAUCGCGACCAGCGCCUCCGGAGGCGCCUCAGGGCUGGUCGGUCGGUUGGAGCGAGACGCACCAGCGAUGGUAUUUCGUCAAUAUCGAGACCAACAUCACGCAAUGGAAGAGACCUGAGCAAGCCUCCCAGCAACAGCCUGUGCCUUCUCCCGGCCACGAUGUGAAUGCUCCGACAGAAAGCCCCCUUCCCGCUGGAUGGACCUCUCACUGGAGCGAAGAGCACCACCACUUCUACUACCUCAACGCAGCCACCGGCAAGUCUCAGUGGGGGCCUCCACUGCCAGAAAAGCCCAGAGACACAGCCGAACUCCCAUCUCAAUUGAGACCGCCUACGCAAGCCAAGCACGCCCGGUCGUCUUCGCAGCCACCUAUGCGCUCAGGCAGCAAAUCAGAGCGCGGGCAACGAGACUCCAGCCCAGGGGACCUCUUUUCCAACCCACAGAGCAGAGGAAGGCAGCCAGCUAGCGAGGACGAGUUCCACAUCGACCAGCCUGAGCGACCCAAAUCGCACAUCUUCGCCCCCUUCGAUGCACCUCGGCCACUAAACACCGGGGUUUACACUCCCCCAAUGUGGUCGUACGGCGUCCCCGACUCGACGAAUAGCUCUCCUAGUGGCCGUGGUCGUCAGACGUCAUCGCCAGGUCAGAUCCCCGCCGAACUCGAUGCGCCCGCAGCCAUCCAUGCUGCCCCUUCUGCCGGUGCAUACCAGUCACUUACACCGAGCCCACCUCGUCUGAGCCCGAGACUUUCUCCCCAGCACCCUCCGACGGUCCCAUCUGCUCUGAACCCCUUCUCUCAAGGGUCCACGGGCGCUUUCCUCAACCCUGGGGACAAUUCUCGCCCCUCGUCCAGGAACUCGGAGACGGAGAUUCACCCGGCGUACAGCUACUCGCCUGGAUUUACUUCCAGGUACAGCUCUUACCAACCCGUCCCUGAGGACGCAAGAUCCAGCAAACGAUUUUCGGCCUGGAACCCAGACAUGGCGGCGAUCACAAAGGAGCCAGCAGUGGGAAUUGUUCACCAUCCCGAGAACUACGACUUUCUCCCUUAA